CGCCGGUGCGGCCGGAUCACAGAGUCCGGACAUGGAGUGUGUGAGUGGCGGAGCUGUCCGGGACAUGUCCGAGUAAAGAAAAGCCGCGUCAUCCUUCCAGCGCGUACACCGACGAAUCUCCGUGUUGAAGAUGGGGCAGUGCGGAAUCACGUCCUCGAAGACGGUGCUGGUGUUUCUCAACCUGAUCUUCUGGGCCGCUGCUGGCAUCCUAUGCUACGUUGGAGCCUAUGUCUUCAUCACAUACGACGACUACGAUCACUUCUUUGAAGAUGUGUAUACGCUCAUCCCAGCAGUGGUCAUCAUCGCAGUCGGAGCCCUGCUCUUCCUCGUUGGGCUCAUUGGAUGCUGCGCUACAGUGAGAGAGAGCUACUGUGGACUCACAACGUUUGUGAUUAUUCUCCUGCUGGUUUUCGUGACGGAAGUGGCAGUGGUGGUUCUGGGAUACAUUUACAGAGCAAAGGUUGAAAAUGAAGUUAAUACCUCUAUCAAGAAAGUGUAUGACGAGUACAACGGCACCAAUAGCAACGCCCAGAGCCGUGCCAUUGACUAUAUUCAGAGACAGCUCCAGUGCUGUGGGAUCCAUAAUUACUCAGACUGGCAGUAUACACACUGGUAUGAAGAAUCCAAAAACAACAGCGUACCAAUCAGUUGCUGCAAAACUAACACUGGAAGCUGCACGGGGUCCCUAACUCGUCCUGAAGAUCUCUUCCAAGAAGGCUGUGAGGCUCUGGUGGUGAAGAAGUUGAAGGAGAUCAUGAUGUAUAUCAUCUGGACUGCUCUGACAUUUGCUGCCAUCCAGUUGCUGGGCAUGCUGUGUACAUGUGUCGUGCUGUGCCGCAGAAGCCGAGAUCCUGCUUAUGAGCUUCUUAUUACAGGGGCCACCUAUGCAUAGAGGAAAACACAUUCAUGACCAUAACACACUUUCAGCAUGAAAAAGAAAUCUAGUACCACACUAACCUUAACGGAUUAACCGCACUAAAGUUACACACUGUAUCUUGCCAGUUUUUCAUGAAAAAAUACAAAUAAAGAGCAUAUGACCAAGGUCUGUAAUGGUCAAUGAGAAUGAGAUGUGGAAAUCAAGCUUUGGCUCUGAGGAUGGCAUCAGGGUGUUAAUCAUCUUUCUUAGCUAAUUCAUGCAGUCAUGUAUGGAGUAAAAUAUAAACAGGGUCAUUUAUUCCAUGUAUGGCUUGAAAUAUUUUGUAUUUAAACUUGUUAUGUACUUGAACGAACGAAGACUACAUAAUUUCACCCUGUAUUACGACCAAUUCCACUUUUCUUCCUACACUACUACUAUUACACUUCAGGUCUGGUUAAAACUUCCACUUUCACCAGCAGUAUUCAGUCUCCCCACAAAGUCAACGUUGAAGCAACUUCUUGUGUGUAAACCAUUAAACCUAACUGGCUUUGGAUUAGCAGAUCUUUCUUUGAAGAAUGGAACCUUGUAAUCCACUUUUGAUAUGUGAGGUAUUUCACGUAGUGAUAGAGGACACAAGAUAGAUUUUGUCCUGUAGCUGCUUUGUUUGUCUUUGUCUCAACAGUAUACUGAGAAUUUGAUUUGCUGAUUAAAUAAGACUCAAGAAUGUAAAUAAAAGUGUGAAGUGAAAGUUUGAAA